GUCGCGUCUCGUUCUAUCCAUUACUAAUUAGUAGUCUUUCAAUACAAGCGCGUUUCUCGCCCUUGUAUACUAUUGCAACUUCCUUAUGUUAGAGUUUGGCAGGGUCUAUUACUUUCUAACUUUGCCUUGUCGACCUAAUAUUUUUAAUAUUUUAGAAAAACACCUUCUUUCUAGCUUAUCCUUUCUUCACCAAUCAACACUGUUGUUUAUCAUUGAAAGAGCCCUUUUGCCUAUAAAAUUUGUUUCCAUUACUCGAUACACUUGACUUAAUUCUCUCGCACAACCUUGAAUGUUCCAAUGCACUCAUUAUGAAUGUAGAUAACUUUGGGGAACCUCCCACCAAAAAGAGGAGAUUUUCUGCAGACCCGGAAGGCGAAGAGAAUUCCACUUCACAUCGCGUACAAACAAAGUCGCCCCUCGCGGAAAAGACAGUCGACGAUGUCACCAAUCGCACAGCUACCACGAAUACCUCUGGUGCCUUUCCUAUAGGGUCUACCACCACAUCAAACCAGGUUAUGAACUUCGACGAGAACGCAUUUCAAAGUAUUGUGGGAGACAAGGUCGACUCGGAAGCUCUUGGCAUCAUUGGUGAUAGCUGUGGAAAUGACCUCGAAAGAGCUGUCAACAUGUACUUUGACGGGACGUGGAAGAAGCUUCGUAAACCAAUGUCCUCCAGUGUCACCAACACGCUUUUAACACCACGAAAAUCUUCCACAAACAAUGACUUCGAAGAACCUCAUCCUUCGCCCGUGCGAACUCAAACGUCCCGAUCCAUGUCCAAUAAUAGUCGUUAUAUCGGUGCGUUUGGUGUGGAGGGUUGGGCUACACGAAGUGGUACGAAGCUUCUCAACCACGGUGAUGUUGUUAAGAUCGAACGGCAGAAGAUUCAGCCCCCGGGCUCAUCUUUAAAGCCUAAGGGUAGGGCAGGCGCACUUGUUCCGUCCCCACGAGCAAAUUCGGCUGCGGCUCGACGAGUCGACGUUAUUGUUCGUUUCACUGAUGCUCGAGGCUCAGAAAUUGGACGACUUGCCAAAGAUACAGCGAAUUGGGUAUCCUCGCUUAUGGACCAAAGAGUAUGCAGAUUUGAGGGUAGCUGUGUGUAUGCACCAGAAAGAUUAAGGACAAAUGAUACCGUGUUUCUGCAGUUACGGUGCUUUUUGAUGAAAUCUGCGUUCGAGAGUACAGGGUUUCAAUUAGCAGACAAUCGGUCGACUGGCCUCUAUGAGGAAAAGGAAACUACCGAGGAGCGGGAUCUCCGUCUACGACAAGUAGCUCUUGUGCGAUUAUUCCAAGAGAUCAAUCUCACGCCAUCUAGGGGCAACGCAGCUACGACGAGGAAUGCAAGACAGGAUCUUCUUGAUGCCGCCGAGACGGCCGACAAGAAGAGCAAUGACACAGCUAAGCCCAAUCCUCCAGGCUCUUCUCCGCCAUCGGAGGACGCCGAAGACGGCCAAGAACUUGAACAAGACCAACUCGACGCUCUCUACCGAAAGGCUCAAUCAUUUGACUUUAAUACUCCCGAAGCCGAACCAGCUGAAACUUUUAACAUGACACUUCGUCCAUACCAAAAACAAUCGUUGCAUUGGAUGCUAGCAAAGGAGAAAGACCAAAGAAAUGAGGCUCGCGAAGCCUCAAUGCACCCUCUAUGGGAAGAAUACGCCUGGCCAACAAAGGAUGUCGAUGACCAAGAACUGCCUCAAGUUGACGGACAGCCUAAUUUCUACGUAAAUCCUUACUCCGGCGAGAUGUCCUUGGACUUCCCCGUCCAAGAACAGCAUUGCCUAGGUGGUGUCCUUGCUGAUGAGAUGGGUCUCGGUAAGACGAUUCAGAUGCUAAGUCUCAUUCAUUCGCAUAAAUCGGAGAUAUCCACGCGGAAAGCAGAUACCUCUCUUAAUUCGGUUAACAGUCUACGGAGAGUCUCAUCUAAGUCUGGUGUACUUCCCGCACCAAAGACUACCCUUGUUAUUGCCCCGAUGUCGUUGCUCGCGCAAUGGCAAAGCGAAGCUGAAAAUGCAUCUAAAAAAGGCACUUUGAAAUCUAUGGUUUAUUACGGCAACGAAAAAAUCGAUAAUCUUCAGGCACUAUGUUGCGAGGCUAAUUAUUCCUCUGCCCCUGACGUCGUGAUUACGAGUUAUGGAGUAGUAUUGUCUGAAUUUACGCAGAUUGCCUCGAAGACCGGAAAUAGAGACCUACAUAAUGGUUUGUUUUCGUUAGACUUCUUUCGGGUUAUCCUUGACGAAGCCCACACCAUCAAGAAUCGCCAAUCAAAAACUGCGAAAGCUUGCUACGAGCUUUCCGCCACUCAUCGUUGGGUUCUUACUGGAACUCCUAUUGUAAACCGUUUGGAGGAUCUUUUCAGUUUAGUCAGGUUCCUCAGAGUUGAACCGUGGAAUAAUUUUUCUUUUUGGAGGACUUUUAUUACUGUUCCAUUUGAAUCUAAGGAUUUCGUACGUGCACUCGAUGUAGUGCAAACGGUACUGGAGCCCUUGGUGAUGAGAAGAACUAAAGAUAUGAAGACUCCCGAUGGACAACCUCUUGUCCCUCUACCUCCAAAAUCGAUGGAAAUCGUGGAGGUGGAUCUCUCCGAAGCCGAACGAAAUGUCUACGACCACAUAUUCACUAGAGCCAAGCGCACAUUCUCCGCCAAUAUAGAAAAGGGAACAGUUAUGAAGGCAUACACUACAAUCUUUGCUCAGAUCCUGCGUCUGCGUCAGUCGUGCUGUCACCCACUCUUAGUUAGGAACCAAGAUAUUAUUACUGAGGAGGAGGUCGCUGGGGCGCAAGCCGACGCAGCUGCAGGCCUUAGUGAUGACAUGGACCUUCAAUCUUUGAUUGAAAGAUUUACAGCCACUACUGGCGAUGAGAAAGAUGCGAAUGCUUUCGGUGCUCAUGUUCUUCAACAAAUCCGAGACGAAGCGGUUAGCGAGUGUCCUAUUUGCUCCGAGGAACCAAUGAUUGACCAGGCAGUGACUGGCUGUUGGCAUUCUGCUUGCAAGAAAUGCCUACUUGAUUAUAUCAAGCAUAGCACAGAUCGCCACCAGGUUCCCAAGUGUUUCAAUUGUCGCGAGCCUAUAAACGGUCGCGAUCUAUUCGAGGUGGUUCGUCACGAUGAUGAUGAUCCAGAGACAUUACAGCAGGCUUUACCAAAGAUCAGUCUUCAGCGCUUAGGGUCCAAUGAGUCGUCGUCUAAAGUUGUCGCAUUAAUGAGCCAUCUGCGCCAACUCCGGAGGGAGCAUCCUCGCAUGAAAUCGGUGGUUUUCAGCCAAUUUACAUCGUUCAUGUCACUUAUCGAAUCUUCGCUUACAAGGGCAAAUAUGAGAUUUCUCCGCCUUGACGGUUCGACUAACCAGAAAAUGCGCGCCGCCAUUCUCAACGAGUUUAGAGAAUCUAACAAGUUCACUAUCUUAUUGAUAAGCUUACGGGCUGGUGGUGUGGGAUUGAACCUCACGCAAGCGAAACGUGUGUUCAUGAUGGAUCCUUGGUGGAGCUUUGCAGUUGAGGCCCAGGCCAUCGACCGUGUGCACCGCAUGGGUCAAGAAGAUGAGGUUAAGGUGUAUCGAUUCAUUGUUAAGGAGAGCGUUGAGGAGCGGAUGCUGAAAGUACAAGACAGGAAGAAGUUUAUUGCUACAUCAUUAGGUAUGAUGAGUGACGAAGAGAAGAGACUCCAAAGGGUAGAAGAUAUAAAAGAACUGCUGAGCUAAUCCGACCUUCCUACUAGGGCUAAAAAUGGACGAAUGGCAUUGGUUUUAUUGUACUAUAUAGAUGUAUAUACCCGGUAUACUAUACCCUUGGGCAGGAACGGGGAAGGAAGUACAUGGAUAUUAGGCAGCAUCUCCGGUUAUCGGGAUUAUCCAUGGUUAUGGGAAGGUCCUGCAUUGGCUGAUGGCCCAACAAACCUUCGGGAGACGCAUGAAAGCAUAGCGACAUAAAUCCAAUGCACAAUGCACAAUAUGAAUAUUCCAAUCAAACCUUAAACUCGCUUCAAUUAUCCCCGUAGUUCAACCUAGAUUUCCCCCUAACACUAUUCAAUCUGUUCUGUGGUCCA